AUGCUUGGGUCCAAAUCAAGUCUGCGAACUGGUUUUCGACGAGGUUCUCUUAAAUCUGAAACAAUUUUGAAGCAAUUAGAAUUGAUUUAUUCUCGAUUGUCCUUAUUUAUUCGUUUGAGAUUAGAGCAGGAAUUCUUGUUUCUUAUCGAUUUUGAAAGUGUGGAGUAUAGAUUCUUGAAAAAGCGACGUUUUGCAUUGUAUCAUAUGUCGGAAUGUCGUUCCAUACAUUUAUAUGAUGGCGAGUUUUUUAGCGAUGAAUACAAACGACCCAGUACUGAGACAAAAGCAGCGGAUGUCAUAGUUUGUGGAGGUGGAAUCACUGGCGUAUCGAUUGCAUAUCAUCUUGCUAAACGGGGAAAAUUCGUCUGUUUGCUGGAGAGAGAUUGUCUUGGUUAUGGGAAUGCAACAGGAAUCAAUAGUGGCUUUGUUACAGCUCCUAUGUUUUGGAAGGAUUCAGCCAAACAAUAUUUUGCGAAGUGCUCAAUCGACCUAUAUAAUAAUAUCGCUGAGAAUUCCUUAUUUCAAAUAAAUCGUUGUGGACGAACUUACUUGGCAAGUAAGAAAGCGAGUGAAAUUACCUUGCGGCGCAUGUUUUCGCGUAGAAUCAUAUACGAUGAAAAAGCUGAAUUAAUUGAUGACCCCAGUGAAAUGCUGGCUAGAUGGCCAAUAUUACAGUCUGAGGAUAUUGUUCUGGCUUUAUUUUCUCCCAGUGAUCUUUUUCUGGAUCCAGUUCAUCUUUGUAAAAGUUUAGCUGAUCGAGCACGCGAAUAUGGUGCUCAAUUCUAUGAACAUUGCAAUGUUCAAGAAAUCCUCAUUGGAAACAAUGAAGAGGUUAUUGGAGUAAAAACUGACCAAGGAAUAUUCGAAACUGGAUGUUUUGUUGAUGCUACUGGAAUCUGGUGUGGUACUAUAUUGAAUACACCAGUGCAGAGAUUCCGGUUGGCUGCUUAUCCUGCCACAAGUGCUUAUUUGUCAGCAAAUCCGCUGCCAGAUGACUACGGCAAAUUGCCAAGACGCCUUCUUCGUUUUGCCGAACAGCAUGAAUUCUUUGCUACUAAUACAUGCUUUCAGCAUCGAAGAAAACAUUCACGUGGAACUCUCCGGAUAACCAAUACUCCAAUCAGAUUGACUUUGAAAAGUCGUUCUUAUCGGGGUGCUGAAACUGGUAAUCGCCAUGGAUCAGACCACGUUGUAGUUCGAGCCAUGAUUCGUAUAAAAAAUAUAUCCCUCGUAAGAAAUAACCGAGAUCUUUCAACUUUCUCAAAUUAA